UCCAGCGCUGUUUCUCGCCGGCGUCUUCGGUCUGAACUUGAAGUUCAUCAACCUCCCGCUCCUCGGUGUACCAGCUUCGUUAGCAUUCGGCUUCGGCGCAGUCUACAUGAUCUGCGCGGUCGGUGUAUACGUCUGAUUUCCUUCUCAUCAUCCGCCGGCGUUCGGGGCCACCUGUAGUCUACUGGAAUGAAAUAAAGUCAAGACUUCGAAGAUACCACAUCUGCUUUCCCGCUAUCUCACCACAUCUACUACUAAACGCAUAUCAUACAGCCCCAUAGUACAUCAUGGACGAUGAAGACGAGCUACCGCUCCUUACCGCCGUGUCGAGCUCUGCUCGCCAACUCUACCUUCUCCUCCGCUGCAUAAAUUUCGCCGAAAAAGCACACGUACAAAUCAAUGAAGGGGGGCUGCAGUUCUCGGUCGACGAGGCCAGUGUUAUGGAAGGCUCCGCCUUUAUCUCCAAGGACCUCUUCACAACUUACACCUUCCGCCCACCCACCCCACAGCGCCCUUCUCAACGCGAGAUUGGUGACUCUGACGACGAAGAAGACGAAGAUCCCGAGGACACGCUCCCCACCUUCCAACUAUCUCUCCCCGCGCUCUUAGAAACCCUCCAGAUUUUCGGCCUCACCGAUCCGAAUAGCUCCAAACCUCCAUGGGCUCGCGACAACCCCACCUCGACUGCGACAGGUGGCGCCUUCACCAACAAUGUCCUCGGCAUGAACAACAUGUGCCGCAUCGCCUACGAUGCGCCAGGCUCGCCGCUCUCCAUAAUUCUCACGGAAGCAACGAUACGCACAACGUGCAACCUUACCACAUACGAGCCUGCGUUUAGCGAGGAGAUCCCAUUCGACAGGCAGAGUCUGGCACUCAAGACAAUCAUGCGCGGGACAUGGCUCUACGACGCUGUGUCCGAGCUGUCGUCCACAAGUCCCGAGAAACUCACUCUCUGGGCACGAACUCGGGGUCGAAAACCGUACUUCGCGCUCAGCUCCUCCGGCACGCUAGGCUCCGCGCGCGUUGAAUUCAACAACACCCCCACCCGGCCCCCGCCGCCCACCAAUCCCCCAGCGGACCCGCCGCCGCCUCCUGCGAACCUACUAGAGACGUUCCAGCUCAGUGACCCGACGUCCACGUUUAGAGCGAGCUACAAGUUUAGCCUGAUACAACGCGCGGCGAGGGCAAUGAGCGUGGCGACCAAGGUCAGCGUCCGGGUGGAUGAGCAAGGCGUGCUGAGCCUGCAAUUUAUGAUUGAGGUCGAGGCUGGGAAGGUGAGCUUUGUUGAUUUUCGGUUCGUGCCGCUUGUUGAAGAGGACGAGAAUGAGGGGGAUGACACGCAGUUUCUGGGUGGCGAGGGGGAAGACAGCAAUGGGAGUGUCAUGGAGGAUGAGGAUGAGCUGUACGGUAUGUAGCCCAGUUAAUCACAUGUUUCGAAAGACAUUGCCACAUCGGUUACA